UAAGCCGGAAGCUCAAUUACUGCGGCCUUCGAUGAAAACCACAACAUUGAAGCCUUAAACUCAGCCGCUAUCAAGCAAAACAACGCCGUCUAUUUGCCCUCAUAGAAAUUGUACAAGAUAGAAAUAUGUACAGGGUUAGUUUAGUAACGUGAAUAUCUAUUCGUACGAGUCAACUGUAUUUUGGAAAAGCAAAUAUAUUAUUUUAAAUACUGUACCUGAUAUUUUGCUGCUACUAUUCAGCGCUAGCAAUCAAGAGCGUCACACAGGAAAACUCACGGGAUUUCAUUGAUUCCCCCAAAAUGAUUGGUUAGAGACUGCGAUGACGCUUCGGUCACGUGGUAAGAAUCGUGCGUGCGGCUUUUUUUCAGUGCUCAGACACUGAAGCAAUGGGCAAGUGCCGGGGUCUGCGUACAGCCAGGAAACUGCGUAACCAUCGCAGGGAGCAGAGAUGGCAUGACAAGCAGUAUAAGAAGGCUCACCUGGGCACUGCCCUGAAGGCCAACCCAUUCGGAGGGGCAUCUCAUGCCAAAGGCAUUGUGCUUGAGAAAGUGGGUGUUGAAGCUAAGCAGCCCAACUCUGCCAUCAGGAAGUGUGUCAGGGUGCAACUCAUCAAAAAUGGCAAGAAGAUCACAGCUUUCGUCCCCAAUGAUGGCUGUUUGAACUUCAUUGAGGAAAACGAUGAGGUGUUGGUGGCAGGAUUUGGUCGGAAGGGGCACGCCGUUGGUGAUAUUCCUGGUGUCCGCUUCAAGGUGGUCAAAGUAGCUAAUGUCUCACUACUGGCCCUUUACAAAGGCAAGAAAGAAAGACCUCGAUCAUAGAAUGUAUACACUCAAACAAUAAAAAGUGGAAAAUUA